AUGUCAAAAGAAGAAUAUCAACCACCAACUGGAGCACCACCUAGUUGGUCUCAAGGUAAUAACACUGGAUAUUCCCCACAGGCUCAGCCCGUAUACAACCAGCAAACACAAGAUAGGGGAUAUGGAGGAUAUCCGCAACAGGGAUAUCCACCACCUCCACCACAAGGUUACUACCAACAACCUGGAUAUGGUGCUCCGCCUCCACAAGGAUACUAUCAAGCACAACCACAACAGCCAAUGUAUGUCCAACAACAAUCGUCAUCUAAUAAUGAAGGUUGUUUAAUGGCCUGUUUAGCUGCCUUGUGUAUUUGUUGUACUUUGGAUAUGCUCUUCUAA